AUUUGUGCUUCACCCGUGUUUACUAAUGGCUCGCCUUGGGUUCAGUUUGUGGACGCUGAUGUUCUUUGUCAUUGCCGCGUUGGUAUCGGAAGUUCGUACCGCAAACGUUCCCAGCCCGGGCACUUUCCCGCUUACCCUCAUCCACAUCAACGAUCUGCACGCACGGUUUGACGAAACGAGCCAAAAGUCGACGGCUUGCAGUAACUCGCAGGAAUGUAUCGCCGGAAUAGCGCGCGUAUACCACACGAUCAAGGAGCUGAAGAGCAAAUAUAAGGCGCAGAAUCCACUGUACCUAAACGCUGGCGAUAACUUCCAGGGUACGCUAUGGUAUAACUUGCUCCGCUGGAACGUGACCGCACAUUUGAUCAAACAGCUACCUCCGGAUGCGAUGACCCUCGGAAACCACGAGUUUGACCACAGCCCGAAAGGUCUCGCACCGUAUCUGAGGGAGCUGGAAACGAAGCACAUCCCAACCGUGGUUGCUAACCUGGAAAUGAACGGAGAACCGGCACUGAAGCAGUCCCAAAUUGCACGCAGCGUCAUCUUGAACGUUGCCGGCACGAACGUGGGAGUAGUUGGUGCCUUGUACGACAAAACUCACCUGGUUGCCCAAACCGGUAAGGUUACGUUUACCGAUGCCAUCGACGCGGUACGCAAGGAGGCCCAAGAGCUGAAGAAGAAGAACGUAAACAUCAUCGUGGUGCUCUCCCACUGCGGGCUCGAUGUGGACAAACAGUUGGCCGAGAAGGCGGGUGACCAUUUCGAUGUGAUCGUCGGAGCCCACUCCCAUUCGCUGCUGCUGACGAAGAAGGACAACAUUCCCUACGAUAAGAAGUAUGACACCAUUGAAGGAGAUUACCCGCUGGUGGUUAACAAGGGUAACAAUCAUAAGGUGUUGAUAACGCAAGCUCGAUCGUACGGAAAAUACGUCGGCAGGCUGACGGUUUACUUCGACCAAAAGGGUGAGGUCCAGAGCUGGGAAGGCCAUCCGAUCUACAUGGACCACUCGGUCAAACAGGACCAGGGCAUUCUGGAGGAACUCAAACCGUGGCGCAAAGAGGUGGAGCGUCUAGGGACGCAGACUAUCGGGCGAACGGAUGUUUUCCUCGAUCGAGAGUCCUGCCGUUGGUGCGAAUGCACACUUGGGAGUCUCGUUGCAGAUGCGUUCGCUGCUAAUUACACAACUUCCUCUCGUAAACCAGUGGCAAUCGUGCAGGCAGGAAAUUUCCGGAAUCCCAUCAAAAAGGGCGACGUCACCAAUGGCCUGGCAAUCGAGGCAGCUCCGUACGGCUCGUCGGUGGACAUGGUGAAGCUCACCGGGGCCGACCUCUGGAAGGCGAUCGAUCAUUCAUUCACGCUGGACGAUGAGUUCCGGUUCAACACGAUGCAGGUGUCGGGCCUGAAGGUGGUUGCCGACCUGACGCGAAAACCGUACGAGCGUGUGCAGAGCAUCGAGGUGCUGGACGCGAAGGGAGCGAAGAAACCGCUCGAUAAACAGGGUGCCUACUAUGUCGUCGCGCCGUCCUACCUGGCCGAUGGCAAGGACGGGUUUGAGAUGAUGAAAAAUGGCAAGGAGCGGGUGAAAGGCCCGCUCGAUUCGGACGUGUUGAUCGAUUUCAUACGCAAGCAGAAGCACAUCCAGCCUGACCGGUUCAAGGAGCAACGGGUCAUCAUCUCGAAGCAUACGAACGGGACGUGUUCGUGGGACAUGGAUGGUGAAAGGUUCAAACCGAAGUAAAUCUUCACGACACUUGCGAACAUUGUUUGACACUAAACGAUUCAAGCGAAAAACGAUUU